UGGUUAUCACUAGUCAGACUCAUACUAUACUGUUUGUAUUUAAAGGUGCCGCCGCCAGUGUCAUGAUGUGGAUUUACUUACCUUUCAAGUUUACUUAUUCCAAAAUUAUAAAAUUCAAUCAAUAACCAUGCCAAAUAACAGCAAUAUUCACAACAUCUUCAUCAUGAUUAUCUUCCCGUGAUAGAAUUGGGGUCUUCUCUUUCCCCUUUUCUAUCGUAUUUCAUUCAUUCAUUCUUAACUCUGCUAUCCUUUUGAUAUAUUCAGUAGACGUUACCCCUUUUAUUAUUGAUACCAUGUCUAUAGCCAUAGAAGACUUCCCCCAGAUUUGGCAGAGGCCUUCCUUUGAGGAACUUCUAGCAUCUCUCAAGCGCCUUCAGGUAGAACCUCCAAUCUGGAAGCCAGGCACCCCUCGCCAAGUUAUCGUAGACACAUAUUAUAAUGCUGCCUCCUAUCGUCGUGAAGUUGCUGCAUACCUUGCCAGCAUAAUCCAAAGCAGUCUUGGGUGGAUCCAAGACGACGAUGAGAAAGAAGCACUAUGGGAUGAAGCGAGUCGGCGCCUCUCCGAGCGUUGUGGGAGGGCAGCCAUGGGCGAAAUUACACGGAGAUGGCCGUUCGAGACCCAAGCAUCCUCCUCUUUCGAACUGAUCAUCCGAGAGCCUCCCAUCACCGGCGAUAGUCUUGGUCUGAAGACCUGGGGUUCCUCCUAUCUACUUUCUCAAUCACUAGAUAAGAUUGCACAGGGACCUCUCGCCCAUUUGAUCAAUAUGGGGCAUUCGAACCAGUCCCUGAACGUUCUUGAACUUGGUUCUGGUACUGGACUUUUAGGGAUGGCUGCAGCUGCCAUCUGGCAAACUAACGUGUCUUUGAGCGAUCUCCCAGACAUAAUGUCGAACCUAUCUCACAACAUUGAGAUAAACCGUCCAAGUAUCGAAGUCCUAGGAGGGAGGAUUGACUCAGGUAUCUUAACCUGGGGCUCUGGCAAUGGCAACGCAGAUCUAUUCGCCAUGAAGAAUCAGUUUAAUAUCAUUCUUGCCGCAGACCCUUUAUACGAUGAUGACCACCCUGAGCUCCUCUCAUCUGCCAUUUGUGAAAACUUGGCAGAAGACAAGAGCUCUAGGGCUAUUGUAAUGGUCCCUCAAAGAGACCUGACUACUAAGAAAUUGGUGGACAGCUUCGUUUUGACUAUGGCAAGUUUGGGGAUGGCCGUCCUAGAGGAACAUACCUUGGUUGGUCAAGACGACUGGGAUGAAGAUGAUGAUGAUUCUGCAAUAGAUUGUUGGUGUGCUAUUUUCGGAAGGCAGUAACAGUCAUGACCACCCGGCGUUGCGUUUACAUUUGAAUGCAUGAUAUUGGCAAGAUACGACUAAAUUCCUGAUAGACUGGUGGACUAGAAAUAAUUCAUAGGCAAAUAGACAGAUAUCACCUGCGAUACUAAACAACAUAACGAGAGGCUAGGAGUCCAUUAUAUCUCACAUCCUAGCCUAUUUGAAACCCUG